AUGUCCGACGUCCCACCAACCGAGUCCAUUCCCAAACCAGAGGAACCUAAAGAACCACAACAGUCUCCUCAGCAACCUCAGUUCCAGCAAGUACCUCCGAAUUUCUACCAAUUUCCACCUCAAGGUUACUACCCACCACAAGGCUUCCCGAACUACCCUCCUCAGCCUAUGCCUUACUUCCCCAACCCUUGGAUGUUCCAGCAAGCUCCACCCCAGCAAUUCCAAUCUCAAUCCAAAUCGAAGAGAGACCAAGAGUUCGAAGAAGGUCUGAACCGUUUACGCAAAGAGUAUGCUACAGCUCCAAUUGAGAGAAAGUUGUUCCCGGACCAAAAAUAUAAUUUAUGUUAG